AUGUUAGAAGCAAGACUAGAGCAGGCGUCGAUCCUGAAGAAGGUGGUCGACGCCAUCAAGGACCUCGUCCAGGACUGCAACUUUGACUGCAAUGACUCGGGUAUGGCGCUGCAGGCCAUGGACAACAGCCAUGUCGCGCUGGUGUCCAUGCUGCUCAAGGCGGAGGGUUUCGCGCCGUACCGGUGCGACCGCAACGUCGCUCUCGGCGUCAACCUGACGUCCCUCACCAAGGUGCUGCGCGCGGCACAGAACGAAGACAUCCUCACGCUCAAGGCCGAGGAUGCGCCCGACUCGCUCAACCUCGUGUUUGAGAGCUCCGAGAACGACCGCAUCAGCGAGUACGACCUCAAGCUCAUGGACAUUGACCAGGAGCACCUGGGCAUCCCCGAGACCGAGUACGCGGCGACGAUCACCAUGCCCAGCGCCGAGUUCCGUCGCAUCUGCACGGACCUCAUGGCCAUGUCGGAGUCGGUGACGAUCGAGGCGACCAAGGACGGCAUCAAGUUUGCUAGCAAUGGCGACAUUGGCAGCGGCAGUGUCACCCUGCGCAGCCACACCAACGUGGAGAAGCCGGCCGAGAACAUUGACAUUGAGCUCAGCGACCCGGUGUCGCUGACCUUUUCGCUCAAGUACCUGGUUAACUUCUGCAAGGCCGCCAGUUUGUCGAGCCAGGUCAAGAUCUGCCUCUCGAACGAGGUGCCUCUGCUGGUCGAGUACAUCCUGACGGGCAGCAGCUACCUGCGGUUCUACCUGGCACCAAAGAUUGGCGACGACGAGUAA